UCUCACACUGUGUUCUUUAUGUUACCAUAGAAGCAGUGGUUCAGUUGUAGUUAGUAGCCUAGUUGGUGAAGACACAUUGCACAAGUUGAAGGCUGCCUAUAAGGUUGUCCUUUGCUGUAGACUAGUCCGAAACAGAGGUACGGGUUUCCAGAGAUGAUACAAGGACAAACAUCAUUGGCUUCUGCUCAGGAUUAGGAUAGGUGGAAUGAAGAAUUGAAGUCCAGCUCUCUAGGAACCCUAUGGUCAAAGGACACGACUUACUUGGAUUUAAAACCUGAACUUAGCAUAUGAGAUGGUUUGAGUGAAGUGGUGUACUUUUGUGGGUCACUUAGUACAGCAUUGGACUAAAUUCUCAGUUAAAGGAGUCCCUAACGUUUUCCUCCUGGAUUACUUGUGGAGAUUAGUGAUGGGGAAUGUGGCUGCCGGGGCCCUGGAGCAGGACCGCGGGGAGGGCCGGGACGUCAGGAGCCCUGUGGAGGUAGGGGACAUGAGUGACCCCACACCCAGUCCAAAAAAGAAAAAAACAGCUCCCUUGAAGCUGCCCAUGCCACCAGAAGAUGAACUGGACGAACGCUUCAACAUGGUUCUGAGCUCCAUAAACCUGCCGCCAGACAAAUUAAAGCUUCUAAGUCAGUAUGACAACGAGAAGAAAUGGGAGCUUGUCUGCGACCAGGAACGCUUUCAGGUGAAAAGCCCCCCCUCAAUUUAUCUGACCAAGAUCAAGGGCUUCUACCAGGACCAAGGAGGGGUCCCCCGCAAGUCCAAGAAGUCGAUCCAAGAAGCGACAAAGGUGCUUAAAGACCUGGAAAUAUCCCUGCGCACUAACCAUAUCGGAUGGGCCCAGGAAUUCCUUGACGAGGAGAACCGAGGUUUAGAUAUUCUGGUGGAAUAUCUGUCCUACGCACAGAGAGCUACGUUUGACACAGUGGAUUCAGUGUUCAAUGGCGGCCCGGAAGAGAGAGCAAAAUCGAUGGAGAGGUCGCUGGAAGACUUGAAUAAGAGCAGCUCCAGUACACAAUCCCAUGGCAUGAGCAGGGCAGCUCGGGCCCUGACUGUGAGAAUCAGUAAAACUUUAAACAACAGGAUUCACAAGAGGUCCCCCUUGGCCAGCCAAAGAGACGAUGUGCAUGUGUGCAUCAUGUGCCUGAGAGCUAUCAUGAAUUAUCAGUCCGGGUUCAACCAGGUGAUGAGCCACGCCAGCUGUGUCAACGAAAUCACUCUCGGCCUCAACAGCAGUAAUCCCAGAACCAAGGCCCUCGUGUUGGAGCUGCUGGCAGCCGUGUGUCUCGUGAGAGGGGGCCAUGAUAUCAUCCUCUCUGCCUUUGACAACUUCAAAGAGGUCAGCCGGGAGAAGAACCGCUUCGAGAAGCUAAUGGAGCACUUCAGCAACGACGACAGCAACCUCGACUUCAUGGUGGCCUGCAUGCAGUUCAUAAACAUUGUGGUGCACUCUGUGGAGAACAUGAACCUCCGGGUCCACCUGCAGUAUGAGUUCACCCACCAGGGGUUGGACGACUAUCUGGAGAAGCUGAAGAAGACGGAGAGUGAGAAGUUGCAGGUGCAGAUCCAGGCCUACCUGGACAACGUGUGUGACGUGGGGGCGCUACUAGAGGACGCAGAGUGCAGAGACGGGGGGAUGGAGCAUGUGGACGAACUGCACCAACACAACGUUGAGCUGAGCAGCAGGCUGCAGGAGCUGGAGGGACAGGCAACAGAGAGAGUGGCCCAACUGGAGGCUCAGCUACUGCAGUCUACCAAGGCGACUGAGCUGCUCAAGGAGAGCCUGCGGGACUCGUGCUCUCAGAUCAGCUUCCUGCAGCAGAGGGAGCGGGAGAAGGAGCUAGAGCGGGAGCGGGAGAAAGAACAGGAGCGCUUCAGCCCGGCCUCCACCACCACCACCACCUCCCCCCCGCCGGGCCCCUCCACCUCCUCGGAGCUGGAGCGCAAGGUGCAGGAGCUGCAGGACAAAGGUCUGAUCCGCUUGGAGCGCACGGCCUCCGGCAGUCUGGACCUGCAGGUGGUGCCCGUCACGGUGACGGAGUACGUCCAGGCCCCGCCCUCCCAGCCACAGGCCGACGAGGUCAAUUCUACCUCUUCUCCUCCUCCUCCACCCCCUCUUCCGGGUGGGACCGGGUCAGCCCCGCCUCCGCCACCCCCGCCCCCACCUACUCCGGGGUUGGCCUGCAUUGUCCCCCCCCCACCCCCUCCACCACCCCCACCUCCACCAGGUCCGGGAGGAUGCCCGCCUCCACCCCCUCCCCCUCCCCCACCGGGUGUUGGACCACCCCCGCCUCCUCCCCCACCCGGUGGUGGACCUCCUCCGCCCCCACCUCCACCUGGGUUCAUGGCCCCCACUCCAAACAGUGUGCCCGUUAAGAGCAGGAAGGCCAUCCAGACUAAGUUCCGCAUGCCACUGUUAAACUGGCAGGCUCUGAAGCCCAACCAGGUGACAGGCACGGUCUUUAACGAGCUGGAUGACGAGCAGGUGUUGGAUGAGCUCAACAUGGAGAUGUUUGAGGAGCAGUUCAAGACCAAGGCACAGGGUGCCCCGUCUGACCUGUCCACUCUGAAGGUGAAGGUGGCCCAGAAGGCCCCCACUAAGAUCUCUCUCAUGGACACCAACAAGGCCAAGAACCUGGCCAUCACCCUGCGCAAGGCCGGCAUGAGCCCAGACGACGUCUGCGUCGCCAUCGACACGUACAACCAGCAGGCGCUGGGCCUGGACUUCCUGGAGCUGCUGGAGCGCUUCAUCCCGUCGGACUACGAGAUGAAGCUGCUGGUCAAUUACGAGAAGGAGGGCCGUGAAAUAGAGGCGCUGACGGACGAAGAUCGAUUCAUGCUCCGCUUCGGGAGGAUCCCGCGGCUGAGUCAGCGCAUCAGCACGCUCACCUUCAUGGGCAACUUCCCCGAGACGGUGAAACGGCUGCAGCCGCAACUGGACUCCCUCAUAUCUGCGUCCAUGUCCAUCAAGUCCUCGCCCAAGCUGAAGAAAAUGCUGGAAAUCAUCCUGGCUUUCGGGAACUACAUGAAUAGCAGCAAGAGGACCGCGGCAGGUGGCUUCCGACUGCAGAGCCUGGAUCUCCUGUUGGAGACCAAGUCAACAGACCGUUCCCAGACCCUGCUGCACUUCAUCACCACGGUCAUCUUGGAGAAGUACCCGGACCUGGCCACCUUCCACACCGAGCUGCACUUUGUGGAUAAGGCCGCACUGGUGUCAAUGGACGGCAUCCUCCAGGACAUCCUUGCUCUGGAGCGUGGCAUGGAGAUGACCAAGAAGGAGUUCCUGGUGCAAGAGGACAACAAGGUGCUGCAGGACUUUGUGAAGACCAACAGCAACCAGCUGGCCUUGCUGGUGAAAGACGGCAAGACGGCACAGGAGGCGUAUGGCUCUGUGGUGGAGUACUUUGGAGAGAACCCCAAAAACACACAGCCGUCCAUGUUCUUCCCCACCUUUGCCCGCUUCAUGAAGGCUUACAAGAAAGCCGAGAAGGACAACGAGCAGAAGAAGAAAGCAGAGUUGGACAGCAGUGAAAGUAACAGCUCAGGCUCUCCCUCUCCCAGAAAAGCUGGCUCAACAAAGUCCCCCAUGAACCAGAAGAUGCCUCCCAUGGACUUCAUGGCUGAGCUGAAGAAGAGGCAGGUGAAGCCUCAGGUUCGCGAGGGGAAGGACGGCGCACUGGAGGACAUCAUUACAGACUUGAGGAACACUCCCUACAGAAGGACGGACGCACGGCGGCCUACCCAGCAACCGGAGCCCUGAACCAGCACUCAAAACACAACACGUGAUCUGGAGUUGUACUGUAGAUACUGUGUAGAGUGCUUGUUCUUCUAAUGUGUUUGUUGUUAUACUUAAGAUAAGCUGCAGGUGACAUUAUACAUGUAUGCCAAAUUCGGUUUUGUGAAUGAUGUACAUAUUAUGAAUUGGGCGCUUUAAAUUAAGAAUUUCUUGAUUAAGAGCAUUUUAAACAAAUAAAGUUUUUUUACAUCCCUUGCCAA